UGCAGUCGCCUCCUCAUCGGGACAUAUUGCGGAUCACACGGGGCGACCACAGGUGCUAACUGGGGGUCAACAAUGGUGAAAGUAACGACAGUGAAGACCAAGCCGUAUACGGACCAGAAGCCCGGGACGAGCGGCCUUAGGAAGAGGGUGACGGUGUUUCAGCAGAACCAGCACUAUGCGGAAAACUUCAUCCAGAGCAUUAUCUCUGUCAUCGAGCCUGCCAAGCGCCAGGCUGCCACUGUGGUGGUGGGAGGAGAUGGGAGGUUUUUCAUGAAAGAAACGAUUCAGUUGAUCGUUCAGAUUUCUGCUGCCAACGGGAUUGGCCAUCUGGUUAUCGGUCAGGAUGGCAUCAUGUCCACUCCAGCAGUCUCCUGUGUGAUCCGCAAGGUGAAGGCAGUGGGGGGUAUUAUCCUCACAGCCAGUCACAACCCAGGAGGCCCAAAUGGAGACUUUGGCAUCAAGUACAACAUCUCCAGUGGGGGACCUGCUCCAGAGGGCGUCACAAACCAAAUAUAUGAGAUCAGCAAAACCCUGCAGGAGUAUCACAUCUCCCCAGAGCUGAAAGUGGAUAUUUCCAAGAUCGGCAAACAGACUUUUGAAGUGGACACUUUCAAGCCCUUCACGGUGGAGAUAGUGGACUCGGUGGAAGCCUAUGCUGAGAUGCUAAGGGGCAUCUUUGACUUUGCUGCACUAAAGGAGCUUCUCUCUGGAGCCAAUCACAUUAAUCUCCGCCUGGAUGCUAUGCACGGAGUGGUUGGUCCUUAUGUGAAGAAGAUAAUCUGUGAAGAGCUGGGUUCUCCUGCCAGCUCAGCAGUUAACUGUGUGCCCAAGGAGGACUUUGGAGGCCACCACCCUGACCCCAACCUGACAUACGCUUCCGAACUGGUCAACGCCAUGAAAGGAGGAGAAUAUGAUUUGGGCGCAGCCUUUGAUGGUGAUGGUGACCGUAACAUGGUUCUGGGAAAACAUGGCUUUUUCGUGAACCCUUCAGACUCCGUGGCUGUCAUCGCUGCCAAUACUACCAGCAUCCCUUACUUCCAGAAGACUGGUGUCAAAGGACUUGCCCGCAGCAUGCCCACUAGUGGAGCCCUUGACAAUGUGGCUAAGGCUCUCCAGAUGCCGCUGUACGAGACUCCAACUGGCUGGAAGUUCUUCGGUAAUCUGAUGGAUGCCGGAAAACUUUCACUAUGUGGAGAGGAGAGCUUCGGCACAGGCUCAGAUCACAUCCGUGAGAAGGACGGCUUAUGGGCCGUGCUCGCAUGGUUGUCAAUCUUAGCCACCAGGAAACAGAGCGUUGAAGAUAUCAUGAAAGAUCACUGGCAGAAGUUUGGCAGGAACUUCUUCACCAGGUACGACUAUGAGGAGGUCGACUCUGAUGCUGCCAACAAGAUGAUCACGGGUCUGGAGACAGUAAUGUUCGACCCAUCCUUCGUAGGAAAGAAGUUCUCAUCGGGUGAUAAGACUUACGAUGUGGCUCUCUCUGACAACUUUGCCUACACAGACCCUGUGGACGGAAGUGUGUCCAAAAACCAGGGCCUGAGGAUCAUCUUCUCUGACGGUUCUAGGAUUAUUUUCCGUCUCAGCGGUACAGGCAGCGCGGGAGCAACCAUCAGGCUCUACAUAGACAGCUAUGAGAAGGACCCCCAGAAGAUUUACCAGGACCCCCAGGUGAUGCUGGCUCCCCUGGUUGACAUCGCCCUGAAGGUCUCUCAGCUCCAAGAGAAGACUGGACGCGCUGCCCCCACUGUGAUCACAUGAUUCCUCUGCCACACUGCCUCCCCUCUCCCCCUCAGCAACAGGAUACCUCCGCUCUCUCGGGGGUGAAGUUGCCCUUGAAUACUGUCUUGGCUUCCUGGUCCUCUUAGAAACAGAGCUGGAUGACAAAGUCUAACAAAAAAGGGAAAAAGAGGAGCUCUUGAUUUACUUGCACUAAACUGAAUGUGCUGUUUUCUUAAAAUAAGUGAGAAGUGUCAGAUAAUUUGUUUUGACACGUCAUUAUGUGCUGCCAGACAGACAUUGGUUUGUCACACAUUAAUACUUUAAUAAUGUGAUUUAAGGAAAACAACAUUUAAAGAUUCAAAAGUAGACUGAAAUAUGUGAAUGGAGUGUGCCUCGUGUAAUUUCUGGAACCGUGUUUGAUCAUUUUAUUGUCCAGAUCUGUUCCUGAACCAUAUCAUUAAAUGGAAACACUGCUAAACUGGCAAAAAUAAUUAUCAGCAAUUUUGAGCAACCUCACCCCCAGUCCCCUUAUUGACCUUGUGCCUUCCUGUCCCUGUGUUUUCCAAAACCAUCAAAACAUCCUCUCAACCUGAACCAUGACCGUAUCCUAAAGCCUUGAAAACUAACACAUCCACCAUUAAUAAAAUACAUAAAAGACA